GAUGUGGUUUGGAUUUAAAAAAUAGAAUGAAAAUCAAAAUGUCUAAUAAGCUCAACAAUCUUCAGCAAAUAGACAUAAGGCAGCUCAUUAAUAAGGUUAGUUAUUGAUAAAUAUAACGUUAGGAGGUCUUAACUUAUCAUUUGGGGAAGAGAAUUCUGAAACCUAGAAAGUGGCAGCAAGUGUGUUUAAAUAAUUGAGUGGGAAGAUCAUAACAGGAAAUUUUGGAUCAUUGAUGUAAAUUAGCAAACCAAUUGCUAUGUCUUUGGAUAUGAGUUUUUUACAUGGAGUGGCUUUGUAAAUAAAAACAAUAUAUAAAUUAGAGGACAUACAUUUAGUAAUUUAUUGGAAAGAUGUAGUCAAUUGGCACCAAUUGAAUAAAUUAAAUAUAUCUCAGCUUAUUGUGUAAGAAUUGGAAUCAUAUUAUAGAUAUCUGGAAUGCAUUGUAAUGGUGAGAUCACAAAAAUGAAAUCACCUUUAGAUCCAUUAGUGGGAGAGACAAUUUAGGUAAUUUUAAAGUAUAUUUGAGUAUAGUUGGUGAAAGAGGAUGGCACAUAGUUUUUUGCAGAAUAAACUUCUUUUGAUCCACCAAUUUGUUUUUAUUACAUAUAGGGAAAUAAUUAUAAAAUAUAUGGAGAUGACAGAUUAGAAAUAUAAGUACAUAAGACUGUGAAUUCAUUAACAGGGGUUUAGAAUGGUAGAUAAACNUAGUAAUAUAAAAUUGACGUUUUGUACAUUAAUUAAUAUUUUCAUAGUAAAAUUAAUAUAUAUAUAUAAAUAUGA